GGUGUGCGAGUGGGAGACGAAAGUUCAACGCGUGCGCAAGCAAAUGUUACCGAAAAUAAAAUUGUUGAAUUUAUAUUAGUUCCCGUUGAAUUUCGUUUAUUUGUUGUUCCCGAUGACAAAUACAAUAUUGCCUGAGUUAAUUUACGAGUCAUUAAAUUAUUUAUAAUUGCAGUGAAAAUGUGAAACGAUUAAAAAACCGUUAAAAAGUGUUUUUAGCGAAAGCAUUACCUCUACCUCUAAGAUUUUAAUUAAAAAAAUUAAUGAAUAACAAUUUAAAAUUAAACUUAAAAAUGUCAGAAGGUGACCUGUCAGUCUCACAAUUUAGUCCGCGAAAAAUAUGUAAUUAAAUCUAUAAUUAAACUGAAAGCCCUUCAGAUAAUGAAAAUUAAGGAUAAAAAAAAUAAUUGAUCAUUGAGAAGUGAAGGGUGAAGCCCGGAGAACGCUGACAUGUACGAAAAAUAAAGAACAUCGGUGAAAUAUACUUGAGGAGACAGAUGGGCUGAUAGUUGUUGUUUCAAGUCUGCCAGCAGAACAGAGUCAGUAGUGCGCGGAAUCCCGUACUGGGAGGACCGUUCUUCGUUAUUUUCACUGAGUAUUCAGCACGAGUCGACAACUCCGGUAGUUUAUUGUUACAAUCAAAGGUACAUAAGGUAAUGAACAAUGUAGGCCUACGCUAGUUAUUGACAAUGCCCCAUAAACUAAUACAAGUGUAAUUAAUCCAAUAAGAAUCACAGUUGCUGAAACGACAAUGUCAAUCAAGUGGUACAAAAGUGAAUUACCAAAAAUAUUGAAAACAAUUUGCACAAAUAACGGUUUGUUAUCAAAAAUUAUCAACGAUGAAUUGCGGCCUAAGCGUGAUGUUUGUACACCCCAAAUAUACCAAAAGGUGUUUAAAAAAUCCAGCGAUUUUACACGGGGAUGUACGUUAUCUAUCCGGCGGAGGAGCUUCUUAAAAUCUACGAGAGUCCAAUUCGUUCACUGAAUUAUUCACCAGUUACAGCGAAAAAUCGUCUCAACGGUGAAGCAACGAGUGCUACGACCGGUACAACAUCACUCGUUAAUAAUUGUUCAAGUGAUAAUGCAAACAUUGAUAUAAAAUCGUUGAAUAGUUUAAAAAGUAACGGCAGAUCUAAGAGUGGUAAAAAUUCAAGAUUUUUUACAUUCGAGUCAAAAAGCACGAGGAGUGGGGAGAAGGAAAACUCGAGGAACUAUCCAAUUAUGCAAAACAAUCGGAGUAACGGGGAGGAGGGAUGCAACCCUCUCAAGGAAUUGACACAUGCCAACCUCAAUGAAUCUCUCAAGCAGCACAAUGGGAACGCUCUCAAACUUGUACAAACUGUGGCCGAGUUUGCCCAGGAGUUGGGCACAGCAAUGGAUCUUCAUGGAGCCAACAUGCGGCGACUCGUCGACGAAUUUCGUAGUCGUUCAGGCGAGAUGCGGGGUGACAUAGGGGGAAUGAAAAGAAUCUGGGAGAAUUUAUUGCGACAGGUUGAGACCGAUGCCUCAUCGCAUCUUGAUCUUGCAAUGACGCUCAAACAACUGUCAAGACCGGCAUUAGAGGCCAGUUUUUCAAAGAAACUUCAGUCGCGAAAGGUAUUCGGUCACCGGGAGGGAUACGAGCAAGUGGUCUCUAAAACUGAAGAAAAAUUGCAAAAAGCCCGUGUGACCUACCGACGAUCCUAUGACGCAUUUUUAAAAUGUGGAACGGGGGAAAACCCAAGUGGAUCAUCAACAACAGAUGACGAAUACAGUAGUUUACGACGAGCCUACCUGGACUCUCACAACGUCUACGUUCUCCAACUGCACGCGACCAAUGCACUCAACGAAUACUACCAAUUGCACUGUCUUCCAAGUUUACUCCGUGAAUUAUCCGAGAUAUACGAGGAACUGAGUAAUCUCGCGUGCAAAUGUAUAACUGAAAUAUCAGAAGCAAGUACUGAACGUGCCUCAGAGCAUUCGAGACGUUACCAGAGUCUGACAAAGGAAGCACAAGCCGUUGUACCCCAGAGUGAUCUUCAAUCAUUGGCGAGAAAUUUAUCAUCGAUAUCGGCAGCAAAAAAACCACCACGAAAGCUCUUCGUGGCGCCUGCACCAGCUGACCAAAUUCCCCCAGACAGAGUGAAUUCAGUGCCAAUUUUGAAGGAUGAAAUUGUUCCAACUGGAGCACCAAAGGAUCACGAAACAUUCGAACAGUUGCGUCGGGAAGCUGACGAUUUAACCUCUCAAAUUAGUACACUCAAGGAGGCCCUCGAUUCAACAACACGAAUGCAGCGCAAAAGCGCCGAGGGAAAGCUCUACACCAAAGUCGCUGAGCUACAGGAGGACAUAUCGAUGAAGCGUUUCGACCUUGGUGUCGCUCAUUUGCAUCUUGCUUCUGUGCAAGCGCAGAAGGAACUUUUUGGCACCAGUGACAUUGGGCCACUGGAUGGCAUCAACAAUCGGAAAAUGUCAAAUGGCUCCACUGGCAGUAACACCAAGCACAAAUGGCUCAAAGCUUUCAAAAGCCUCAAGACCAGUUCACCCACCACUACUGGGGACAAGGGCAAACAAACCAUGUACCAUGCGGUCUCCACGGUUGUUGCUAUGUCCAGAAAAAAUUUGGAAUCGGAGGGUGGCCAUCAAUGGCGAGAAUACACCUACCGUAAAAUAACCCCGUGCGAUGCCUGCGGGCAGGUACUACGUGGUCACAGUAGACAGGGGUUAAGGUGUCGAGGUUGUAAGGUCAAUGCUCAUGCUGACUGCAUAAGUCUCGUGCAACCGAGCAAUUGUCCAAGUCUAGCGCCAAAACGUGCCGGCGGUAUUCCUCUGUUGCGUCGUCAAAAAAUGACAGCGCACGUUGAUGAAACAUUGACGGAGCACACAGGCGUGGACGCCACUUAUCAGGUGCUGAAACAAGCAGGUGAAAUCCGUGGUAAUGCCACCAAUUCACCACCAACACCUCCAACAGUGGAUCACGGAUCCAGUGGAGGUCCCCUGUCGGCGAGGAAUGCAGCAACUUCCCACCCCUGCUCCUCGUCCACUUCUGAUAUCAUGAAACACGAAGCGCCGCACAGUCCACAACGUAGACGGGAGCGUUUGAAUCUUCGGAUGAAGAGUCUGAGUUUGGAUUCACCGGAGGGUACGGCACAUGUACGACAUCGUCCACGUGAUUACACCACCAAUCAGAAAGAUGGAACACCACCGAGACACUCAGACAGUAGUAGUAUCAAUCGACUGUCUCCAUGCAGUUCAACACAAAUGGCUCACAGACAUGCACGUGGUGCUAUUCGCAUGUCGAGUAUGGAGUUGCCAGAUGAUAACGAGAAGUCGUACUCAUCAGCGAGCACAUCACCCUGCCCAUCACCACAUAUGAACAGUCAGAAUCAUCUGGGGCUGCCUAAUAAACGUGUACUACCGCCCAACAAUCUCUACGUUGUUCUUUACAACUUUGAUGCCCGUCAUCGAGACGAACUGGAUAUCAAGGCCGGCUAUAAAGUGACGGUGAUCGAUAAAUCGGAGAAGGACUGGUGGAAGGGAAAAUGCCUGAGCGGUAGAGUUGGAUAUUUUCCCAGCGCCUACGUCAUGCGGAUCGAGGGUGGACAGAAAGCCCUGCAGGUCAUCAGGAACGUCCAAGUAGCUGAUUCAUUACUACUCCUACGUGAUCAGAUAGUCAUCCAAUUGGGUGAAGAAGUGGACGGGAGGGCAAUGAUUCGUUGUGCCGUUGAUACCCGAUCAUCUGGUAACGUGACAGAGGAAGGUGACGUACGUUCCCGGGAGAUUCUCUGUUCCCUCAGCUACUUGAAGGAGGUGUGACAGAAGCCUUCAAAUAAACCAAAAAGUCUGUUAAAAUCGGGAAGCAAAGGGUCACAGAGCAAAAGUCCAUGGAAUAAUAACGAUGUCCUAGCUAGGCCCAAAUCCUCCGAUAAAUAUUACGACUGCCUUCAGUGUAAUGAGUAUUGCCA